AUGGAUUUUUCGACACUCAACUCGGAUCCCGACAAACUGGAUCCCGACCAAAUUUUCACGAAACAAGAGCGCAUUGGUCGCGGCUCUUUUGGAGAAGUUUAUAAAGGAAUCGAUAAUAGAAAUGGAAGAGUUGUUGCCAUAAAGAUAAUCGAUUUGGAGCAGGCAGAAGAUGAGAUUGAAGAUAUUCAACAAGAAAUUCAGGUUUUAAGUCAGUGUGACUCACCAUACGUUACGAAAUAUUAUGGAAGUUUUUUAAAGGGAUCAAAACUAUGGAUUAUUAUGGAAUAUCUUGGCGGUGGUUCAGCACUUGAUUUAACAAAGAGCGGAAAACUCGAUGAAAGUCAUAUCGCUGUGAUUUUACGCGAGAUUCUCAAAGGACUUGAAUAUUUGCAUGGUGAAAGAAAAAUUCACAGAGAUAUUAAAGCCGCGAACGUUCUCGUCAGCGAGCAUGGAGAUGUGAAAGUUGCCGACUUUGGAGUCGCUGGGCAAUUAACUGAAACUGUGAAGAAACGAAUCACAUUUGUUGGUUCGCCGUUCUGGAUGGCACCGGAGCUCAUUAAGCAAGCCAGUUAUGAUUAUAAGGCUGACAUAUGGUCUUUGGGAAUCACUGCCAUCGAACUAGCUAAUGGCGAACCCCCUCACUCGGAUCUUCAUCCCAUGCGAGUGCUUUUCCUCAUUCCCAAAAAUCCGCCGCCUUCUCUCACUGGUCCGCAGUGGUCUAAGCCGUUCAAAGAGUUUGUCGAAAUGUGCUUGAACAAAGAUCCCGAAAACCGUCCUACUGCAACAAUGCUCCUCAAACAUCCGUUCAUAAAACGCGCCAAGAAAAACAGCAUUCUUGUGGAACUGAUUGAAAGAGCCGCGGAAUAUAGAGCGCGUCUUGGUGUGUCCAGUGACAGCGAUUUGGACGACGAUAGUGAUGGUGGUGGUGGAACAAGCAAAUGGGAUUACCCAACGGUUCGUGGUCCUCAUCAAACGGUUGACGAGGGAACGGUGCGACAACGCACCGAUAGGCCUCGUGCGUCACUAAACCGUCGAUCGCCAAGCCGAAGUCCGGGAGGAACCAUAAUUCGAGGAUCUCCUCAAACCGCUCAACUGCUUGAUAAAUUGAGAACAACGUCGUUGACAUCAAACUAUGGUGGAUCCGCUGGAAAUAUUUCUUAUUAUCCUAGCGGAAAUUCGUCGACUGGAAAUGGCGCUACUACAAUUACAUUAGGCAGUCCGAAUGGAAGCCCGACUUCGUCAAUGGCUCGCACUCAAUCAACGAUGUCGCCAACAACUCAAAGGUUGUCAACAGCUCGCGAGUUAGAUCGAAACAGGCCAUCAAGUGAGCGUGCCGUGUCGACGCAAAGUUAUGAAAAACAAACUACGAACGGAAAUGUAAUUCUAGCGGGAAGUGGCGGUCGAAAAGAUUACUCAGAUUUUUCUGGACCUGCGCAUUCUUACGACGCGUAUGCAGAGACCUCGAAUCGAUCCUCUGAUUCUGUUCAACGAGCUGAUUAUCCAACGUCGUCAGUUCCGCUACCCUCAUCAAUACAGGAAAACAUUAAUCGUUCGCGAAAUUAUAAUGCUUCUGGUCAUAACGGUAUGGAGAACGUCAUUCAAUUGCCAAGGAAAAAGGGGUCUCUUGAAUACAGUCUACUACCGGCCCUUGAGCAACUUUCUCGUACGCGCCACGCUUCGGCGGCAUUAGAUCAGCUAAGAAAUGCAUUGAAAGAAGCAGAAGAUGCCUCUCCUGGAUGUUGUAAUCAAUUAAUCGACGAGCUUCUGAAGAGGAUUGCCGUACCACAAGUUAACCAAUAUGAAUUGAAUGCAGCCAUUCGUCGUUUAAGCACACCACCUUCGUAA